CUGAUGCGAAUAAGGGAAGUGAGUGGCCGGUCACCCUGCCUUGCAGGCCGGAUUGUUGUUGCUUGCAGGGGACAGGUUAAACCGAUGAUCCCUGAGCUUGUCUGGGGAGCAAGCUGGCCGGCUUGGCUAGUGGCGUCACAGGGGAAGGUAUUGUCCCGCCUCAGCGUUAUGAGGACAGGCAGAGGAGGCGCUUCCUAGACAUGGCAGCCUAAACUAAGCAGCGCCGCCCGUGCAGCGAGGCCCCAGCGCCAUGUGAAGCGGGCUCGGGGGCACAAGUGACCAGGAUGCCAGCACUACUCGGGCUUUUCAGUGUGUGCCUCCUGGUGAUCACAGGAAGUUUGUACCACCCCCGCCUCCUGAGUGAUGAAGUUGAGAGUGAAGAGGUUCAGUCAAGGAUAAAGGAGCAGGAGAGCAAGUAUAAGCUGGAAAUGGAGCGGCUCCAGAAAGAAGUGGAUGAGAAGAAUGAUCCUGAACAGGAAAUAAAGGUCAGUACACUCGUAAAAGCAGAAAACUCAACACCGAUCGAUUGGAACACCUGGAAUAUUCUCUUGAUGGUCACAAUUCUGUUCUUGGAACUGUGGAGACAGGACACGUGGCCACAUACACCACAGGACUACAACAGUGAAGAGGAGGAGGAAGGAGAGAAGGAAAAUGAAUUUCCUCAAAGAAUAUACAGCAACAUUUUGAAUAUUCCUGAUAAAUGUGUUCUGGACCAGUUUUACAAUGUAUGUAUUCAGAACGUGAGCCAAGAGCCAAUGCAGACGUGUGAAUUUGUCGAGAGCUUUGUCGACAAUCUGUUGGAAGCCUGCAGGAAUAUUUGCCAAUGGGAUUCUGAGCUGAUCCUUGAAGAUUGUGUUGGCAUCGGUAGUCAGUUUGAGAAAUGGGGCUGCAAGACACCCUCUGUAUAUGAUAUUUUGGUUCCAAUCUUUCUUCAGGAUGGAUAUUGCUUUAAACCAGAGAUCUGUUGCUGUGACCUCCCACCUGAUAAGCAAAGUUAUGGCCGGAUUGUUAUGGUAACACCUGACAGCACUGACUUGGGCUGCCUGUGUAAGAGUACUGAACUUGAAGGUGAUGUUCUUUGUCUUAUUCACAGUAAAAGGUUUGAAGCUGAUGUUCGUGCAAAUUGCCUGGCUUCUAUUGUGUGUUCCGAGUGGUAUUUGGACUACAAGAAAGUACUAAAAUGGUUCAGGGUCGCACUAGCAAAAUCCUGGAACAAUGUUUGUCAUAAGUAUGACUUUGAUCUUUCCUUCCACAAUAUUACUGGUUGCUGUGGUUUAAAAGUCCAGUAUCAGUCGGGACGAAACAUCUACAUUAAAGCCUUCCCUGCUGUGAGGCUGAAGGAUUCAGAUGUCUAUCUCGUAUCGAGCUUUCCUGAUUACACCAAGAAUACAGUGCCAUCCACUACCUACUGGCACAUAUCCUGUGCUGUCUGCGAGUACAGGUUUCUGAAAAUCAUGGCAAAAAGCGUUCCCAAAAACAGUUGUCACCUAAAGUGCCUUCAAAUAUUGAUCUUUCUAACUGAAAAGCUGCGCAGCUCUCCAGAUCAGCGAAACAUUCUUGGGUCCUACUUUUUUAAGACUGUCCUGAUGCAUCUGUUGUUAAGUCAGCCAUAUUCAAACUGGCAUGAGUGUCACCUGGAAUAUCGGCUCAGAGACAUUUUGAAGUAUCUUGGAAAAUGCUUGGAUGAGAAACGGCUCUCCCGAUUUAUGAUCGGAAAUCAAACAUUUCCUAAACAAAUGGGAAUUCCAGAAAUGCUUCUGUAUGCAGAGCCUAUAAACCUCUUCCGGUCCUUUGUAACAGAGCGUGACACUUACGGUCAAGCAUUAAUGGAAUAUCAGAAAAUAUUAAGGGACAUGGGUCCAUUAAUGAUGGAAUGCAUUAAAGAUAAUACAGUCAGCUGACUGAAAACAGAGCCUUUGCUCCUAGGUUGGGAGCAGAAUUAUUUAACAGAUAUGUAAUAUUUACAUUUCCACUCAGAGUCCAUUCUAAUAGAUGUUAUUUACAUGGCACUCAUUUCUCUUUUUUAAUACAUGGACAAAUUUCUAAUGUCAUUUUAUCGUUAAGUGUUCUCCCCAGGUCAAAACGGUUGUUUUUUGCUGGCAGAUACUUCAACUCUCCACUUGGACUUCGUAUCGUGAUCAUGCAUUCGGAAUGUGUAUGUGGACAUCUUAGGAAAUUGUAAAUAUGUUGCAAGUAGCUGAACACUUUGGAUUUCCACAAUUUCUCAAAUAUCUGCUUAUGAUUUCUCCUUUCUGUUCACAUUGUGAUAGUGAACAACUUAACUGACAGUGUCAUUGUGAAUGGGAUGAGUAGGCAGUGGGCAGUCCAGUCAUUGCAAAAGGAUUUGGAACUGGGUAAAUUGAGUGAGGACUCAGUCACGGUGUAUUCUGUUAGUGGUGAGGGGGGAGGACAUGUCUAAAAUUUAAACCAAACCAACAACUGAUCUCAAGUCAUUACUGAGCAACAUUAGCAAUCCAUACUUGCUCAGUGACCAUGUUGAACUACAAAUGCAGUGAUUAAGGAUUUAUCAUGUAUGUGUUGAACAAUCCUCACAUUAGUCUCAUUAAUCAAAUCCUUCAUUUGGUGUUGGGCUCUUAUCACACACCUCAUGAAACCUUAAAGAUAUAAACAAAAUAAUUCACGUUUAUUCCCAAUCACCAAGUCUUACUGUUCUUGAUAAUAGCAGAGCUUGACAGCUUGUUUUUUCUCAUUGGUUUUCCACACUUCUUCACCCUGUUUUUUUUCAGGUGUGAGGAUAAUGGUGCAUUUCUAAGCAAAAGUGCUAUUUGUUCAAGGGUGUUACAAGGAAUUAAAAAUUAUCUUUUCAACUACUACUUAAUCAUUCUUUAAAACAUGAGAGUUCAAUGAAUGUGUCCCUUGUGGCAUGGUGAUGUGUUGAGAACUCUUCGCUGCAGUGCAACUUCUUAUUUGAAGAAAUGGUAGUGGACUCUCUUUAACUGACACCUCAAGUCCAUCUAGCAGGUGAACAUUACUGCACAUUUGAGCAAGCUCUGCUGAACCUCCAAUUCCUGGAAGAAAUAUGCAAGAGUUGUAAUUAUGACUAUUGAUUCCUGUCACCUCCAGCCUUUUGCCAUCUUGAUAGUUCCCUCGUUAUGCUUCUGAAUUUGCUCUUGUCACUAAAACAUGUUUCCUCAAUGCAUUUAAAUGAAAACUCACCCUAAUCUUUGA